UUGUAAUAUGUAAUAUACGUGGAAAUACGUUUUAUACGUGAUUUUUUAUUUGUUAGUGUUUUUUCGGUUUGUUUAUCUGAUAGUAACAAUAUUUCCAAUAAUAAACAAAGUGGUAACAAUAGUAGAAGUAUAGAAGUUUUUAACAAUUGCGUGAAUUGCGUUCUGAUAUGAAAUUUAAAGAAUAUAAAUUGCAAGCCGAAAUAAAAUUUGGAAACAUAACCUCAAAGUUAGCUAUUUAGCAAUAUAAUGUAAAUUUAGUAAAUUUAAACUUUGUGAUUUUACAAAAAGUGUUUAUUUAUACAACUUUAAGAUAAUUGGAGUUUUUUACUCGGUUUAUAUUUUUUAUCAUGUUACUUUUCUUUUGAUAGAAAUUUAUUUUUUCGUCUUAGAAAUAUUUUCUAGUCACAUUAAUUAGCUUCCUGUGGUUCCUAUUAUAAAUUUAAUGUUUCUCGAUGAGUUAAAAUUGACACUUUUGUGAAUAAUGAGCACACCAUUAGAAAAUUCAAAUCCGUUUGCUUCAAAUGCUUUUACACUUUUGGAGAAAGAAUCGUUUUUAACAAGUGGUUGUUCGAAGAUUGAUUCUGCCUUGAGGGGAGGAUUUUCUCGAAAAGGAAUUACUCAAAUUUAUGGAAAUGCAGGAACUGGAAAAACGCAAUUUGCUCUUCAAUUAUGUCUCACUGUUCAAAUACCAGAUUUACCGAAAUAUCUGCCUUCUGGUGCAAUCUACAUUUGUACGGAAGCUGCCUUUCCAACAGUACGUUUACAAGAAUUAUUGCGAAAAUCACAUAUCGCCAAAAAUUAUUCUAUUAGUGGUGAUCGAAUAUUUGUACAACAUAUUCCCGCAGUGGAGAAAUUGGAAGUAUGUAUUUGCGAAAAAGUUCCCGAUUUUAUGCAACAACAAAGAAUAGGAUUAUUAAUUGUCGACUCAAUUGCAGCGCCUUAUCGAGAUGAAUACGAUGAAAACGAAUUGAGACAAAGGGCUAAAAGUUUGAGAAAAAUUGGCAAACAAUUGUAUUCUAUUUCUAGUGAAUACAAAAUACCUGUCGUUUGCAUCAAUCAGGUAUCGGCUAAAAUAAAUAAUGAAACUUCAGGUAUAAGUGAAAAUGAGGAGAUACCCACUUUAGGGAUUAUUUGGUCAAAUUUAAUUACCAAUUCCAUUCGAUUGUCAAGAAGAAAUGAUCAACGAUUUAUGCAUACUGUACAUUCUUCUUAUUUACCACAAACAACGAUUGAAUAUGAAAUUCGGGACAUUGGAGUAGUUGGUCUUUAA